AUGCGUCAACGAAGAGCAAAACUGUACCGCAAAAUGCUCCACCAAUAUCACCUCCAGUUCGGUUUUCGCGAACCAUAUCAACUUGUCAUCGACGACACCUUCUCUCUUGCCCUUUCCCGCUACAAGAUCUCUGACCCGGUCCAUCAAUUUGGCAACGUUCUCGUUUCUAAAAAGAUCAAACCUCUAAUCACCCAAUGUUCGAUGCAAGCUCUCUACGCCCUGGGCAAACAACACCAAUCCACCAUCGACAUGGCUAAACAGUGGGAACGAAGGAUGUGCAACCAUCGAGAGGCACUGCCCACCGCUGAAUGCAUCAAGCAAUGUGUUGGGCCCGAGAACAAGCACAGGUAUAUUGUUGCAAGCGAACAGGGCGAGUUGAGGAGAGAUUUAAGGCUCAACGUGCCCGGAUUGCCUAUGAUGCAUUUCACCCAGGCAGUGAUCGUUUUAGAGCCCAUGUCUGCGUUGACGAGGAGUAAGAUUGAGGAGAAGGAGGAUACCAAGUUGAGUUUGCCGGCUAGUGAGGCUGGCUUAUUCAAGAAUCAGCCGAAAGUUGACGUUGAUAUCGUGGAUGGCGAGGCAGAAGCGAAGGAAGCGGAGGCAGAGGGGGAGACCGCAGAGGCAGCGAAGCAAGGUGAGAGUACACGGAGAAGGAAACGAAGAGCACCUAACCCCUUGUCUAUGCGUAAACCCAAGAGCCCUCGCUUGACAAUGGAGGAGAAGUUGAAGCGAGAACAGGAGCUCAAGAAGCAAAAACAGAGAGCUGCGGCACGGGCCAGGAUGGAAGCUGGUAAACUUGGAUCUGCUGAUUCGACUGCCGAUGGUAAGGCUGGUGCUGCUGGUGGAGCAGAGGGCGCAAGGAGGAAACGUAAACGUUCCAACAAGUCUAGCUCCACCGCUACUUCUGCUCACAAGGUGAGUCAAGGGGAGAAGAAGGAAAACACACAAACAUUAAAGUCUGCCAAGCCUAAGGCAGAUGCCAACGGCGCAGCAACAGCGCCCACUCCAACGGCUGAAGGUGCUCCGCCGAAGAAGAGAAGAUCUCGAGGGAAGGGCAACUCUUCCACCAACGCUUCUCCUGCGACGCUCGCAUCAGCGGCUGCCCCUGCUGCCGAGAGCUCUUCCUGA